UUUAAAUUUAUCCAGCUGCCAACAAUUAACAUUUCACUUUAACAGUUUAAGUUUCUUUUUGUUUACAGCAAGACUGUGGCUUAACUAGGAAUAGAGGAAGAAACACCUUAAAUCAUGAAUACAGUUUCAUAUGAAGAUUUUGUGGGAGACACAUAUCCCCUAAAAAAAGGUAUUUUAGUGACAAUUUUUUCGAAAAUUUCUCCUCAUGUUGAGGGACCUGCUCCUAAAGGAAUUAAGGGAGAAAGGAAACUUCAAACAACAACACAGAAUGAUAUUGAUGCUGAGUAUUUAGUGAAACUUUUCAAAGAAGUUCAUCAUCAAGAAACCGCAGAAGUUAAAAUUUACAAUCACCAAACUAAAGAUGAUGUGACAAAGUACAUACAAGAGUUAGACAGCUCACAGGGAUCCUCUGACUAUGAUGUUUUCAUAUUUGUUUUUCUCACGUAUAUGUCAAAACCAACCAAAAACACUAAAUAUAGGGAUGAAAGAAUUCACCUCAAAGGUGGAAUGUAUUCUAUGGAGGAUUUUUACAAUGUUGCAAAAAAGUCGGCAGUUAUGAGAAUGAAACCAAAGAUAUUUCUGGUUCAAUCCGAUGAUCUCAGCUUAUGUAUUGAGAAGGAAAUUGUUGCAGGCCCGGAAUUGGUAAUUGAAAAGAAAAUUCCACAGGAUGCGGAUAGGCUGAUAAUAAUGUCAGACAUUCCACAGAAGCUUGCCAAUCCUGAUAAAAAUUCAGAAGAAAAGCAUCCAUCGUUCAUGAUUAAAGCAUUUGGGGAGACACUGAUGGAGAAUAGCAAGCUUGCACCAGAAAAAAGGCUUGAUUUGUUGUCUCUGACGCCGUUGAUGAAUCAGAAAGUGAAAAACAAAAUUGAUGAAAUCAAAAGAGAAGAUUUAAGUGUGCCUCUCGUAACAUCUACUCUCACAAAAUUGAUCAGAAUUUAAAUGAUGAAUAUUUUCAUUUGAAUUUAAAUUCAAAUGGUCGUGAACUUUGCUUCUUUUUAAAGGGCUGAUUUCAACAUACAUUACAGAGUUGCAGCCCCUGAAAGGACAGAAAUAGAUGUAAAAAUAUAUGAAUACAUGUGUAAAAAGUUGUAAAAUCAUUAAUAGACUCUUAAUCCAAAAGUGCACAUUUGUUAUUUGACAAGAAACAAUUUUUAUUGUGUGAUUCAAACAUGUCAUUGGGACCAAUAAUUACCUAGCUAUGAGGGUCACUUAUUUUAUGAAGACUUACGUAACUUGUGUUUUUAAAAAGCUUCUGUUCAGAAAAUAUAAGGCUUAGAGGCUUGACAUUCAAUAUGUAUUGUAAUCAAGUAAUUUACAUUUUUCCUCAAAUAGUUACACUGGGGCCGAAAUCGGCCAUGUAGAAAUUGCCCAUGUCGAGGAAUCAGUCAUGUAGCUCUAUUAUAAUGUAGAAAGUCUUGAUGAAAAGAACACAUAAAAGGACUUAAGCUUUCAAGCUUAACAGUCAUUAUAUUUGAGAUAUCAGAUACAUGAAUAUGUAAAUAAACUUAACCCUUAAUAAAAUAUUAUCCUGA